AUGGAUUCGGGACCUAAAGGCACCGAUAUGCCUGGCGGCGACGCUUUUCAGGACGUGACGGAUGUCUUUCUUAAUGCUGCAGCCGAGAUGGAACCUGGUGGAUUGGUCAUGAUGGAAGGUUUCUCGCUUCUGGAUGCCAUGAGUGCGUUGGAGAUAGGUGAACCUCGUCUGGAUAGCGGGAUGAUUAUAGAGAAGAACAGAAGACCGCAGUUUGAUCCAUUAACUCCCUUGUUACCGGAAGAAGUUUGUUGGAUAAUCGACAGGUCGUUUUCUUAUGAGAUGGAAUGGCACGCGGGAAAUCUUCUUGCAAAUACAGUCUUCACCCUCAUAUAUGUCCACGAGCUAGGUGCUAUAGAUCCGGAUGUGGUGCCCUACCAACCUCUCACUGGAGACCCCGAUCGACCAGUCGAGUUACUCUCAGUCGUUCUCAGGACCUUUGUCUUUGGUUAUUUGAAGUGUUGUGGUCUUGCAUGGGAUUGUCUUAAUAGAGGGAUUCUUCAGGACACCGAGGACUGGCAAGGGGAUAAAUGCGAUGUCUCAUUAUUAGAAGGUUACCCCGUCAAGUCCGCGCUAGCCAGACUUGAUGAGGCAUCAAACUGGCUACUGCAUACAAUGAAGAUACCGCCGCAAUGGAGAGACGGGUUACGAGUCCGCCUUGACCUACGAAAAAUUAUUCUUCAACUCAUGGAUUGCAACAUAUAUGAUGAUCCUGGGCCAUUCAAGGACCUGUUACACCGAGCGCAUGAGCUCUUGGACAUUGUACGGGCCCAUCCUGCACCCGUACCACAAGCCGAUUCUCCUGCACACUUUGCUUUCGACCCCUUCAUAGCCCGUCGUCUCACAACCUUCAUACCAGUUCGUGAAAUUGAUGUUAUCUCCACAACACAAACCUGGGACACACUAGAGAGACUUUUCCAUGGCUGGCGUGAAAUGUUAUCACUUUCUCUAACGAAACACAUCACGACCUGGGAGAUUGUAGGGAAUUUACGACGAUGGCAAUCAGCUCAGACCCCUGCCUAUAUACGCUCUCGCACCCAGAAUUGUUUUUACGAUGGUCUGCUGGUGCUCAACAGAUUCACCUUAUCCUGGCUUAUUCAGUCUUUUAUGGCUGAGACCUUGGGAACACAUUACGAACGGAUGGUUCAAGUUAUCCAGGAUGGCUGGAGGGGUGCUCUACCUCCGCCUCUGGCUCAAAUGGAACGUUCUUUAGCUAAGCUCCUCAACAUACAUAUUACCGGAAAUUGGUUGAACGGGCCACGGCGGAGACGUCAGCUAAUGAACUUGGCUUUCGAUUGGCAUGUCUUCUACGAUCAGCUCGCCAACCUGGCCUCUCAUUUCGCCAGUGACCCUUCUCCUGUUUACGAUGUUGUGAAGCAGCUACCUAAUGCAGCUCUUAUCUGGAGGCUUUCGUCAAUCAGAGAGAUGAUAUUGUCAGGUUUUCAGUUGGAGCUCUACGCUGAGGAAGAGAAGCCGUUUGCGUAUUGGUAUACGUCUCAGGUUAUCGAACAACAACUCUGUUGCAUCGAUGCGGUGCUGCCUGUUGUACCGCUAGGUUCUAACACCUACGGGGAGCUUCAAUUCCAGAAACAGUUCCUAACAGCAAUACAGAUCAUGAGUAUAGCUAUGUUUUCUGUCAUGGGACCACUGCUACCGUUUGAUUGGAAACGCAUGAAACCAAAUUUUCUCCGCCGCUACAAGUGGGCUUGGCUCCCUCAAUACGAAGAUGUCUGUGUUCCGCCGGUGGGACACCCUGAGCUGUAUAAAUUUCUCCCCUCAGCGCAAGAAAUUUCCGAGGACAAUUUUUACUCCCCAUCGGAGUCCUUUGGUUUUGCGCGCGGGAUCAUCAGUCAAUUGAUCGAGUCAACUCUGUGUAACGAUUGGGCGGGCCAGUGGAGAGACGAGCGGCGAAAGUUUCUUCGAGUCUUGGCGACCACUUGCGACAACCUUGCUGGACUGCCCGGUUCUAUGCGAGACGUCCCGUCUUUCAACCUGAAGACUUUACAUUGGGAUCCCCGACAUAACCCUUGGUUCCCCAGUCUCCUUCGUGAAAGGGAAUAG